UUGACAUUCUACCCGUUCAUGAACACAGUGACUACGUGAGGAGGGGAGGAGCCCCGGAGAAAAGAUGACCGGUAUUUUAGCAAACGCGUCUUAUUGUCUGCAGUUCCUUUGUAAGAAACGAAGCACCAAAGCUGUCGGGAUGAGCAACUGGAUCGUUAACAACGGGCCAUCUGCACUCGUUCUGAUGGUCUGGAUGGGAAUCAACAUAUUCCUGUUUGUGUACCAUUUCAUUUUCUAUGAUCAAGGGCCUCAGUUUUACUACACUCGCCACCUUCUUUUGUCAGCAUUGGCAUGGGCACGAGCACCAGCUGCUGUCCUCAACUUUAACUGCAUGCUGAUUUUACUGCCUGUGUGCCGGAACCUGUUAUCCUUCAUCCGAGGCUCUACAGCGUGCUUCAAGAGAUCAAUGAGGAAACAGCUGGAUAAAAAUUUAACGUUCCAUAAACUGGUGGCCUACAUGAUUGCUCUGAUGACAGGUAAGAUAAAGGUGUCCUACUCCAGGCCAACUUUCACACAUGUACACAGAAUAAACAUAAUGGAAGGACCACACCAAUAG